AUGACUGAUAUUGAUCAGGAACAAUCGGUAAAAAAUUUACUUAAACUACACAGUGUAGCACAUUUAUUAAAACGUGAUCGUGAACAAUUACAACAGCAAUCGCAUUCAAUCGCCUUUUAUCACGAUUCAAUUGAUCGGGAAAAAGCUGAACAAUUAUUAAAAUCAAAAUAUUCUAAAUAUCGUCACGAUGGAUUGUUUCUUUUGCGUGACUGUACUACAUCUCCACACGACUUUAGUCUAUCAGUGAUUUAUCUCGAUAAAUGUUAUCAUUAUAAAAUACAAUUAAUAUACGAUAUUUAUUUUCGAAUUGAUAGUGGACCACAAAUAGCCGGCAUCGAAGCACUCAUUCAAUAUUAUCAAAAACGACCAGAUGGACUAGCAUGUUUAUUAUCGAAUGAAUUUGUUGUUAAUAUUCCUCCACCUAUUAGUACCCGACGAUCUGGCUACACAAAUACAUUACAUAAAGCAUGUAGACAAGGAAAUAUUGAACUUGUUAAACAAAUUUUAUCGAUCGAUCACUGUAGACCAGAUGUCAAUGCAAAAGAUUCAGAAGGCUCAACAGCGUUGCAUGAUGCAUGUUAUUUUGGACAUGAUGAUAUUGUGAGAUUGCUAUUAAAAGCUGGAGCACAUGUUCUAGCAAGAGAUGCAGAUGGUGGAACGGCUUUGCAUAGAGCAGCUGCUGGCAAUCGUCCAUCAACAUUGUUUAUAUUGAUUAAUGAAGGUAAUGCCGAUUAUGAAGAGCGUAAUUAUAUAAAUAAUUGGGUGCCAUUACAUGAGGCUGCUUAUCAUAACAGUGCAGCAUGUUGUCAUGCUCUCUUGGAAAAUGGUGCGCCUUUGCGUGCGCGAACAAGCUACGGUAAAACACCAUUAGAAAUAGCAGAAGAAGAAAAAUCGGAUGAUUGUGUACAAAUUUUACGUGAUUAUAAACCAUUACCAGCUGUUAGUCGAAAAUCUGAUUGGCUGCAUGAAACAAAUUUAGAUCGUUUAACGGCAAAAACAUUGUUAGAAUCAAAAGGUUCUAAAAAUGGAAUGUUUGUCGUACGACUUUCGUCAAAAAACCCCAAAAAUUAUGCUCUAUCGUUAUAUAACGAAAAAGAAUUUUUUAACUAUGAAAUUAUUAAACUGAACGACACAACGUAUUACAUCGAUGAUGGGCCAUAUUUUGAUUGUAUUGAACAUUUAAUUGAUCAUUAUUGUCGAAUACCUGAUGGAUUGCCUACAACAUUGUUAUCGUCAAUAAAUAGACUUGGACAAAUUGUGCCUAGCAGAGUUCAACCUUUAGCAGUUUAUGCUGUUGCAUCAAAUACACCAUUGACUACAGUACGAAGUAAACCGACAAAUGGAGAAUUAUCCAAACAAGCGAGUGUCGAUGAGACAAUAACGAAAUUAAAUGGAGGAGUGCAACGAGGAAUAGUACGACGAAGCACAAUACAUUUGCCCAGUCUAUCACCUUCACCACAAGCAACAAAUAAUAAUCAUACACCAACAAACGCCGAUAGUCUAAUCCCGUUUGUCGAUAGACGACAAGCUGUCGGUGGACGAAUUCGUCCAUUUAUAUCUGAACUUACUCAAACAAAAACUUCUCGUUCAAAUUCAAAUGGUUCACAAUCAUCAUCAUCGGUCAAACGCCAACAAACACAACAAAAACGAAAAUCGUUACAAUUGACCAUGAUACCAAUGAGUCAAAUUCAACAAACAUCUGUGCUGGGUGAAGGAGAAUUUGGUCAAGUAUGGGAAGGAUUUUAUAAAGAUGAACGUCGCAAUGGAAUUCCAGUAGCCAUCAAGAUUUUAAAAGAUUAUUCAUAUUCGAUGAAACAAGAUUUUUUGAGAGAAGCUGAACACAUGGCAACAUUAACUCAUCAUUGUAUUACGAAAUUAUAUGGAAUCGUUGAUAAUGAUGACAGUAUGAUGAUGGUCAUUGAAUUAUUACCAUUGGGAGCACUGAUAGAUUACCUAUGGAAAUACAAAGGACAAAUUAACGAAAGUAGAUUAAAAUUAUGGAGUGCUCAAAUUACAGAUGGUAUGGCCUAUGUCGAAAGAAAAGGAAUCGUACACAGGGAUCUUGCAGCCAGAAAUGUUUUGAUACAAUCAAACGAUCAAGUCAAAAUAAGUGAUUUUGGUUUGUCGAGGCGUACUGAAGCUGAUGUUUAUAUGCAACGUUCUGAUAGUAAAAUACCUGUAAAAUGGUAUGCUCCAGAAGCAAUCAAUUAUGGCCGAUUUACAUCGAAGAGUGAUGUAUGGUCAUUCGGUGUCACUGUUUGGGAAAUGUUUAGUUAUGCUGCAACGCCCUAUGGUGAUAUGAAUGGUACUGACGUAUAUUAUUAUCUUCAAAGAGGAAAACGUUUAGAACGUCCCAGUCGGUGCCCACCAUCGACGUAUCGUAUUAUGCUAAAGUGUUGGGAAUGGGAUGAAUCAAAACGUCCUACUUUUUUUGAACUAAUGCGUUACUUUAAAAAUGAUCCCGAAUAUCGAGAUGCUAUUAAGUCAACCGUGACAACUGGCCUCGAUCGAGAUUCUCAUUUCUCCGAUCAGCAGCAAUUAAACACGAAUAAUAAUAAUAAUAACAGCAACGAUGACGAUAACAGUGAUAAUCAAGAACAGUUUGCUUUUUCUCAACAUUCGUCCUCACCAUCUUCCUUGUUCACUUAUCCAUUUUCACACGGAUUUGACACAUCUCAACACACAAACACAAACAAUAUUCAUAUAUCAAAGUCAUCAAUAUGGCUCAAUAAGCGAUAA